AGUUGAAUAGAUUGAGGAAACAUGAGCUCUCUUCACCUGACCGUUUUACUCUGCCUGGCAGCUGCGGUUUACUGUGGGCCCGCGUCGCAUUUGACAGCGCAAGAUGAGACUUUUGCAGAGAGCUACCUGAGAAAAUUCUAUGACCUCGCGGAUGAAAGUGGCCCAUCCGUUCGAAGUGGGUUCAGUCAACUCAACAAAAAGCUGAGUGACAUGCAGAGAUUCUUCGGAUUAAAAAUCACAGGAACACUGGAUGAUGACACCUUGGAGAUGAUGAGGAAGCCCCGCUGUGGCGUUACGGACGACAAGGUUGCCCGUUUCUCGACUUUUGUAAACAACCCCAAGUGGCAGAAAAAUAGUCUGACAUACAGGAUAGAGAACUAUACACCAGACAUGUUGGAGUCAGAGGUCGAUUACUCCAUCGAAAAAGCACUGGACGUUUGGGCCAAAGUUACUCCUCUUAGAUUCACGAGAAUCUACAGUGGCACGGCGGACAUCAUGAUCUCAUUUGGUCGCCUGUCACAUGGUGAUGAUUACCCCUUUGAUGGCCCCGAUGGAACUCUGGCCCACGCCUUCGCCCCAUCUUCUGGCAUCGGAGGAGAUGCUCACUUUGACGAGGAUGAGACCUUCACCUUUCGUUCCAAUUCUGGAUAUGUUCUCUUCCUGGUGGCAGCUCACGAGUUUGGUCAUUCACUGGGAUUAGGUCAUUCUAACGAUGCCGGUGCCCUCAUGUACCCCAUAUACUCAUACUCAAACCCUUCCAACUUUCGUCUGCCGCAAGAUGAUAUCAAAGGCAUCCAGUCUCUUUAUGGUCCCAAUCCUGAUACGGAACCUGAUACCAAUCCCGAUAAGCCGCAGCCCCCCACCACUCCUGAUGCUUGUGACUCGAACAUGGUGCUUGACGCUGUGGCCACUCUGCGAGGAGAGAUGCUCUUCUUUAAAGACAGGUUCUUUUGGCGAAUCUACCCUCAGAGCAGGACACCUCAGCAAAGUUUCAUCACCAACCUGUGGCCCGAUGCCCCCAAUAAAAUUGAUGCUGCUUAUGAAAGUCAAUAUUCGGGCAAUGUUUUUCUCUUUAAAGGUCGUCGAGUUUGGGCUUUUCGUGGCUACGAUCUUGUUCAAGGAUAUCCCAAAGCAAUAACAACUUUUGGUCUUCCCAAAAAUGUGAAAAAAAUCGAUGCAGCUCUAUAUGAUGCGGAAUCAAAAAAGACACUGUUCUUCGUUGGCAGAUCUUACUACAGCUUUGAUGAAGCCAGUAAGAAAAGGGACGACGGAUUCCCAAAACGUGUCGAUGAAACCUUUAGUGGCCUAACUGGGAAGGUGACUGCAGCUUUGCAGUACAAAGGUUUUACUUACAUCUACAGUGGACCCCAAAUGUUUGAGUACAGCCUGAGCACAGGGACAUUUUUCCGUGUGUUGGGAAACAACUACUUCUUGCCCUGCACCAACGUCUAGAUUGCUCGGGUGAAGGAACUCAGAAUCAAAACGAGCGGACACAAAUCUAUCUGGAUUCACCCCUACUGUAAUUGUUUGAUAUAUUUUUUAAACUACGGUACCUAUAUUUAAAGAUAUUUUUGACAAUAAUAUUAUUCAUUAUUUUUUAAUGUUUUAUCGCAUUUUUUAAAUCAAGUUAAAUGAAGAUAAAAGAUUGCUCACAAAAGAGGUAUUAUUAUGAUUGUUUUUAAUGUACAUGUAUUGUAUGUCACACUACAAUGACCACAGGUUGAAAUGUAUCAAUGCAAAUACUGUGAGAGAAGAAGCGGAAGUGGAAGAAAUAAAAUUCUAGUCAUUCA